UCUGUUUUAAUGGUUUGUCAUGAAACGUUUUGUUAUUGAACUGAAUUUGAUUCUGUUUUAACGGUUUAUCAUUGAAAGUUUUGAUUUCCGCAUUAAUGGUUUAUCUGGCAUGCUUCAAAGUUUUACCCAAGGGCUAUCCAUAUUUACUUACUGAGUUAUCUCAUAGUUUUCCUUGUCCACCAUUUCAGGAAGCGAAACUGAGGAACCGAGGGGAGUGACGAGAUAGAAGGCUAGCCAUCUUGUAAAGUGAAUAUAGAUUUGAGAUGUAGAUCGUGAUCUUAAGAGUGUAUGUGGAGAUUUUUGAUAUCAGAGCAGAUUGUAAGGAUUUUAUCUUGAGAUUUUUGUGGUAUCAGAUGUGAAUUGGAUAAGUUCCGAGCCUUGUGCACUUGUGGGACCCGUCUCACAAGUGUACGGCGUCUGCCACGUCCCUAGAUUUGGGUUCUGGGGCGUGACAAUUAUGCUUGGUCGUACUAGUUGGGUAUGCUACUUAUUGGGCAUGUGGAGCUCACAUUGUUUUAUUUAAUGUUUUCAGAUACUAGACAUGGAGCAUAUGGGAGGCAGGGGAAUUAGAGAGCCACCUUAGAAAUAGACUAUUUACUCAUUUCCUAUUAUGUUUAGCAUUUGUGGACAUUUGAAAUAAAUAGAUUUUAAUUUAGUGCUAGUUAUACUUCAGAUUUUUGGUGUAGAAUUGACUUUAGAUGCUGGAGUAUUAUUAUCAUAUAUUUUUUUCUAUUAAUUUUCUUAAAAGUGAAGAAUAAAUUUUAUGCAAAGCUACAGGGAUGAAUUUUAGAGACUGAUUUAGCCUUACAUGCUUUUGGGGUCACUCCUAAAGGUAUGUGGCAUUGUCAUGUCCUAACUCCUAAGUUGGGGGCGUGACACUUAAAUUGCACUUGCUAGUCUGUUUUAGUCUCCAAUAUAGUCAUGUUCUACUUAUGCCCAUUAGUGGGGGGUUUAUAAACGCUAGCAAAUGUCGAUAUGUUACUUGUGCAACUGGUUCAUUCUUGUUAUACUUGUUAUCCUGCUUGUGGGAUUAUAUGCUAGCAAAUGUUGUGCCCACCAGUGGGAGGUUUAUAAACGCUGGCCAUGACU